ACAUCGGGCAUGGGCAGCCACAGUCGCAGCAGCAGCAUCCCUUUUACAUCAUCGGGCGUUCACCUGCUCAGCAAUAACCACAGCAGCAUCAACAGCAACCACAGCAACAACAGCAACAGCAGCAACAUCCAGAGCAGUUUCAACAACAGUAACAGCCUCAACAACAGG